CCGGGGAGCGCACCCUGCCUCUGGCAGGGAAUCCCCGAUGGGUGCAGGGGGGCCUGUAAAGCUCACCUGCUUCCGACUCCCCCGCCAUGGGCAGGGACGCCUUCCACUGUCCCAGGCUGCUCCCAGCCCUGUCCAACCUGGCCUUGGACCCUUCCAGGGAUGGGGCAGCCGCAGCUUCCCUGGGCUACCUGUGCCAGUGCCUCACUGCUGUCACAGAGAAUAAUUUCUUCCUUGUAUCAAAUUAAAACCUUCCCUCUCUCCGUUUAAAGCCAUUCUCCCUUGUCCUGUGACUCCUGUCACACUUCUGCCCUUGUCAAAAGUCCCUCUCCAGCUGUCUUGAAGCCCCUUUAGGUACAGAGCAGACUCUGGCAUUGCUUGUGAUGGCCUCUCUCUCUUUCACAGGUUAUCAGGAAGGACGGGCAGAACUCUGUGCUAGCACACGGCAUGCAUUCAGCCCAUGGCCUGGAUCUCACCUCUAUUACUAAUAACUUGGGCUGGGAAAAUUCUGACACACGCCAGUGACAUCUGUGCGAAAGGUGACUCUCUAGGGACGUUUCGUUUUUUGCCGUCGCUCUGGAUCAGCCUUUAAUUUCAGGAUUUAUUUGUGAACUGCCAUAGUAGCUGUCACGGUGGUGGUGGUGAAAUCAUAAAGCUGGCAGCACAAUAAAGCAAGCCCUCAAGAUUGUGUUUGAUCUCUGGGAGCUGAAAGUGCUGAAUAAAAUUUUCACACAACUUAAACUACGCUUUGGAUCAGUUUCGUUAAGAUUGACAUUCUUCUAACUGAGCCCAUUUUUCUAUUUUAAUAUUUAAAUAGAGACUUAUUUGAAAAGACAGUAUAUUUUUUAAAGGAAAAAAAAGAUUGAGGAUGAGCACGCAUCAGUGCAUCAUUUUUUACUAAAUUGCUGGACAAGACUACUGUGUAAAGUAGUGGCUGGGCUAUGAAGAAAACCUUUUGUAUACAUAUUACAUUGGGGUUUUUAUAUUAUAAAAUUGAACAAAUAACUAAGAAUAUAGUGUAACCUCUCCAUUAGUAAUUUUAUGGUAUUACAUGCAAAAUGGGUUACAUUUUUUACUGUUGGAUGCUGAAGAAGUAAUGUUUUAAUGAAAGGAGCGCGCAGCUUGGUGUACCUGAGGUAAUCCAAGAUCACAUGAAACUAUUUUUUAUAUGAAAAAGCAAGAAAAUGCACAUUCAGGACUGGCUUAAUUAAAGCCCAGUGUUAAGCAAUGGAAAGCCCACAGAUAAACUUCCCUCUAGGUCUGGUCUCAGACCAAAAAAGGAGCAGGAUCCAAGAGGAUGGGAGUCCUCCACUGAAAAAAGCAAUGACAGAAAUGCAUGUAAAUAACAAAGUACAGGUAGUAAUAAAUAAAUUGCCAACAAUAAAGAAGGAAAACCUGGAUGACUAUGAUGAAACUCCGGUGGAGGCUGAUGGGGAAAGCACCAAGCCAAGCAGUGCUUCACUAUCUGAGCCUUUGAGUUUAAAUCCAGGUUUGAAGCACACGUUGGCACAGUUCCACCUGAGCAGCCAGAGCUCGCUGGGUGGACCUGCAGCUUUUUCAGCUCGGUAUUCCCAGGAAAGUAUGUCACCCACUGUCUUCCUGCCUCUCCCAUCACCACAAGUCCUCUCUGGGCCGCUGCUCAUCCCUCCAGACAGCUCCACAGAACUCACACAGACCCUGCUGGAGGGGGAAUCCAUCUCUUGCUUCAAAGUCGGAGGAGAAAAAAGACUUUGCUUGCCUCAAGUGUUGAAUUCGGUUCUCCGAGACUUCUCCUUGCAGCAGAUCAACACGGUGUGUGACGAGCUCUACAUCUACUGCUCCAGGUGCACUUCUGACCAGCUUCACAUCCUGAAGGUUUUGGGAAUUCUUCCGUUCAACGCUCCGUCCUGCGGGCUCAUCACGCUGACGGACGCCCAGAGACUAUGCAACGCUUUACUGCGCCCUCGCACUUUCCCCCAAAGUGGCAGCUUCCUCCCUGGCAAGAACACCUUGGCCCAGCUGAAAGAGACUGGCAGUGCCUUCGAGGUGGAGCACGAAUGCCUGGGCAAGUGCCAGGGGCUGUUUGCACCUCAGUUCUACCUUGCCCCCGAUGACCCGUGUAUCCAGUGCUUGGAAUGCUACGGGAUGUUCUCGCCCCAGACCUUCGUGAUGCAUUCACACAGAUCCCCGGACAAGAGGACCUGCCACUGGGGCUUUGAGUCGGCCAAGUGGCACUGCUACCUGCACAUUAACCAAAAAUACCUGGGCACGUCGGAGGAGAGGGAGCUGAAGCAUCUCCUGGAGGAAAUGAAGGAGAAAUUCAGCGAGAAAAAUCAGAAAAGGACUCGGUCCAAAGCAGAGCCACAGCAGAACCUGGAAUUAUCACAGUGGUAUCCAGUUAUAAAGCAAGAAGCAGAAACUGAUCCUCAACCACCUUCCUUUUUCCACCCCAGUUACUACCUUUAUAUGUGUGACAAAGUGGUUGCCCCGAAUGUGUCUCUUGCAUCUCAAUAUAAGGAUGUUGCAAAAACAUCAGUAAAAGCUUCAGAAGUUAAUAAAUCCUCACCUGGGCACUCAGAGAAGAAGCUCAGUAGUGGAAAGCACAAAAAAGCUGCCUCCUAUCCAGAGGUUUCUCUUGAAGAACAGGAAAAAAUUGACUUGAAAACUGGGGUGGAGCAGCCAAAUAAACGUUUAGAUCCUCCCGUGUCAGCUCGUCCUGCGAGAGGUGCAAAGCCCGAGCGCGUUUCUUCCAAACCCCCCAGGGACCCCGGCCGUGCUGAGGGAGCUGCUGAUGCACGAACCUUGUCCCCCACGCUCAUGAAGGACAUCAGCUGUGAGGAUGACAAGGGCAGGAUCAUGGAAGAAGUCAUGAAGACCUACAUCAAGCAGCAGGAGAAGCUGAACACGAUUUUGCGGAGGAAGCAGCAGCUCCAAAUGGAAGUGGAAAUGUUAAGCAAUUCUAAAGCUAUGAAGGAACUGACUGAAGAGCAGCAGAAUUUACAAAAAGAACUCGAAUGUUUGCAAGCAGAGCAUGCACAAAGAAUGGAAGAAUUUUAUUUUGAGCAGAGAGACUUGGAGAAGAAACUGGACCAAGUGAUGAAGCAAAAAUGUAGCUGUGACUCCAAUUUGGAAAAAGAUAAAGAAGCUGAAUAUGCAGCACAGCUGGCAGAGCUGAGGCAGAGGUUGGAUCAUGCAGAGGCAGACAGACAAGAGCUGCAGGAUGAGCUGAGACAGGAACGAGAGGCCCGGGAAAAGCUGGAGAUGAUGAUAAAGGAGUUGAAGCUGCAGAUCCUGAAAUCUUCCAAAAAUGGCAAAGGAAAAUAGAAAUUGGAAGAGGAAGCAUGACUGUGUCCUUCAAACAGGGUGUUUUGGUUUUAAUGAUUGUGAACAAUUUUUUUGUGCUGAGAAAAAGUGUUCUCUCUGGAUUUGUAUUUCCCAGACAGGUCCAGAUGAACGUAUACAUAGAUAUAAAUAAGUAGAGAUAGACAUUUUUAGAUUUUCCUAGCCAAUGAAAAUCUGCAUUGAUUUGUACUGGUGUUUUUCUCAAACGAUGAAAAAUACUAAACUCUUGAUUUAGAGUGACCAGUUUCUGUCUAUUUCUAAUGCAGUCUUAAGGACUCUACACCUUUUAACAUUGUCUGUUAAAACAUAUGUGGGUAUCUUUAUUUUGCUAUCAAUUGCACAUCCAGUUAUAAAAGUACAUUAAAAAUAUCCUCCAUUCUUCAAGGUCUUAAAUAGUUUGGGUUUCAGUGAGAAUUAAAUAUUCUUGAACUGAGGAAAGUAAAGGCAGCUUUUUGUCUGUAAGACAGAGCUCAAAAUUGCCACAACUGAUUGAUGAUUGAGUAUCAAAAGUGAUUUACCAGCAAGAGUUUUUCCCAUAAUUUCAUUGUGUGAAGUCAGCUGAUCUUUUCAGUAUUGUCUAUUUAACAGCUCAUUAUCAGUCUAAGGAGUGUUAGAGCCAGCACUUGCUUGCUCUGCUGGAAAACAUUAGGGGUUGUUUUUUUGUUUGGUUUUGGGUUUGUGAAUUAAAAAAAAAUUGCAGUUACAGUGGAAUCUUGGGAAGUUAAAAAUUCACAAGUUUUCAUCUGUUUUUUUCUGUCUAGCACGUAUGAAAGAAACAUUAAUAAAAGGCUUAAAGGUGGGGCUUUUCCAUUUAGAAACUGAGAAAGCUUGACUUCGCUGUUUUUCAGAUAUUAAUGCUUUCAAGAAAAAGAAUAUUUAUUAUAAAGGAAUAUGUAUUAAUUUCUUCAGUACCCUAAGCCUUCACACUUUGAGCUUCUUGCCAACUUGCGGAUUUUUCUUUCAUCACAUAGAACAGGCCUUAACUGACAUUGUGAUCAUAGCUUAAAAUAUAAAAUUCUGAGGUAUGGCACUUUGAAAAAUCAUUUUGAUAGUCUCUGUAUUUGAAUGGCAUGGUAGGGUUACCAUGAAUUAAGAAAAUACAGCAUGUUUGUUAAGCUAUAACAAUGGGAAAUGUGUAAUUGUACAGAAUUACUGUUUUAUGUAUAUAUAUAAUGUCUGAGUACUUCUGAAGUCUGGUUCCUAGUGGGUUAAAUGCAUGGCUAAAGUUGGAUGAAGAAAAACUUUUUUGCACUUCUCUCCAAAAAAGUGGAUACAGCUGGCAGAUGUCAGCUGGUCAUGUCAGUGAUAGGAAUAUUUUAGUAAUUCUAGUGUUUCACUAUAUAGUUUUAACUUUUAGUUUCUGGUUUGAGGUACUUAAGUUUAAUAUUCUCUUAAUAAUUCAGUUAAUUUUGGAUGAAACCACUAGUAAAAGCCUAUACUGAUUUUUUUUUUCCCUCAACUAGUAAAACUGAAAACUCCUUUUUUGUUUCUCUGUUAGUGAUAUAACAAGACUGAAUAUCACAGAGAAAGAUAAAAUUGCACAUAUGUUUAAAUUGAAUGAGAAAUGAGGUGGUAAAUUAAAUGACAUGGAGUAUUAGGAUGAUUUUUUUAAUAACUGUACAAUUUUGUUUAUGAGCUCUGUGUCAUAUUUACACUGACAAGUAAAGCAAGUUAGAUGAAAAAAAAAAUUUUCUGUGUCAGUGUUGAGAAUCAUAGAAUGGUUUGGGUUGGAAGGGAUCUUAAAGAUCAUCUAGUUCCACCCACUGCUGGAAAAGAAUACCAGGAUUAUAUUUUUCUCUUCUUCAGCUCCCAUCUCCAAAUUUUUCCUUUGGAAAGAAAACCAACAAAAAAAAAAAAAAAAAAAAAAAAAAAAAAAAAAAAAAGAAAAGAAAAGAAAAAAAGAGGAAAAAAAAAAAACAAAUUAAAAAGGAACAGGCCUGUCUUUGCAGCUUGGUUUGGAGGGAAAGGAGCUGACUCAGUGGUUCUGGUUGUGUGUGCACCAUUGCUUUGAAAACACCAGGAAUGUUUUGUUGUCCAGCCACCAGACGAGUGGGCACAGGGAGAGCAGGCAGGAGCAUUGCUGGAGCUUUGAUGGCUGGGGAGCAGAGCUUGAGGCUGCCCUGUGGGAUGGGCUGGGAAUUGGGGAAUCCCACCUGGGUGCUGCUGAAGGAUGGACAGAGUCCCUUUGUGCUGCUUCUGGGGUGGUGGGUGUGGGUAUAAAACCUCAGCUCCUUCUCACAGCUGAUGCACCUCAGCAUUUAUAGCUGAGCUGUUGGAUGUUUGGAACCCUGCUGGGAUUAUUCUAGUAGUAGGAUAGUGAAUAUUCCAUUUCCAUUCAGGUCUUGUCUGUGUUCUUGUCCUGCUCAGAGGUUCCCCUUGGCCAGGGAGGGCUGGUGCAGCCCAGGUUCCUGUGCCUCAGCCAGCACUUGGGUCACUGCUGGAGGCUCUGGAAAUGCUGUGGCCAUCCUUGGUACCAAUAAAAAGGGAGCCAUCCUUUGUACCAAAAUUUUCACUGUUGCAAGAGCUCCAGCAGCUAUAGGAAGUUUCACCAAUUCCAAUUGCAGAUAAGGCCCUCCUAAUUAUUUUUGAACAUCUGGCUGGUAAAGCCAAUGGAACAUUUAUUAAAAUGACCUUAAAAGUAGCUUUGUAAAUAUUCCACUUAGUUAAUCUAAGGUUAGAAUGCAUUUUAAAUUAUUGUAAUCCUCUUAAAAUUCUUCAAUACUACUUUCAGGCUCUGGACGUAACAUAAACAAUUUUCAUAUGUGUAGACUUAAUUUUAUACUGAUUUUAAGUAAUAAUGUAUACAUGAAUGUGCCAUAGACCUUUGUGUGCUCACAGUCUCUGAAAGAUAGUUUUCUAGUAAAUUGUAAAUAAUGCUCUUAAGUUUUAGAAAAAAUAUAUGUUGACCUUUUUUUGCUACCUUAUCCUGAUUCUGUUGAAUGGUUCAUUUUACAGCCUGACAUAGGAACUUGGAAUGCACACUUGAGGGCCCUCAUUUAAGUGCACACUUAAUGGUAGAGACUAAAUCAGUCAUUAGAUCUUUAAUUUUAGUCACAGCAUGCUCAUUUUAUGUAUUGUUUGGUUUGCCUUCAGUCAUUGCUUGCUCACCUUUUCAGGCAAGAAGUAAUUUUACCAGGUAGCUGUGACAUGAAACCUGUAGAACAAAGCCCUAAAAUUGUCUAUAAUUUGAAAGUUGCUUUCUUAAACACCUACACCAAGAUGGAAGUUGCCUAGUGCACCUUUUGGAAUAAGUAGGAUUGGGGGUGAAUAACUAAUUUGCUCCUAUAUUUUAUAACAGAGAAAUUUAACAUGCUUUGUAUACUUUAAUAAAUAAAAUAUGAGAGCUUAGAGCAUAAAACUCUUGUAAUUUUGGCAGUCUGGAAACACCUCACUUACAGUGUAACCAGGUGUCCCUCAAUGAAAGAGAUUUUUAUCUAAAUCUCCAAACUUAGUUAAGUCUGUGUUUUAGUUUUUGUAAAGCAUAUCGUUCAGUUGGAGUAUUUAGAUGAAUGUAGUUAUGUUUCACAUUCUUAAACUAAUUUUAUUCUAUAUUUAAUAUAUUGAUAGCUUAGAUGUAAAACCAUCUGUACAUAGUAAAGGCAUAAUGCAAUUAGUGAUGUAGGAAAAGUUGGGUGGGAGCAUAAAGCUACUGGUGGCCUGAAAAGAAAGAAGUCUUGGCCUGAAUUUUAGAAGUCACAAUGUUUUAUUCAUACAUUCUUGUUUUGUACUGGGGGAGGGGAUAGCUAGAAUGUGUUAUGAAAUUUUUGGAAACCUUUCCUAGCAUUAGUUGGGAAGUUGGCCUCGAAAUGCUGUCGUGGUCAGCUUCCUAGAAUUCACUUGUUUGUAGAGUAUAUAUUUUGAUUGUCAGUAAAGAUAACAACUUUGUAUUUUUUCUGCACUUAAUUCGUGUAAUUAAUCCACACAACAGAGUUUUCUAUAACAUGGUGAAGUCUACAAAAGACGUAAUUUCUCCUACCUAUUAACCUGUGCUUGCAAUAUUUUGGUAAUUUUAUUUAAGCCAUUGAUAGUAAGCAGCAGAAAGCUGCAAAUUUCAAUUUUCUUUUUGCUCAUUGCAUUUGUAGUGUGAGUGUUCAUUGGUUUUCUUUACAGAAAGCUUGUAGAAUUUUCUAUUUGCUGCAUAUAUCUAUUUUAAAAAUGCAGUUGUUUUUUAGCUUUUGUGAAAGCAGUUAUUGCUUACGAAUUGCACGAUGAUUUUAUAGUGUGUCUCCAUUACUUAGCAAAUUGGUUUUUUCAGGGUUAGUGGUUCAGUUGGAAAAUGCUUGAAAAAUGAGUUUUAAGCACUUCAUCAAGCACAGCAAUGGUAUAAAAUUUUGCUAUUUGAAAAUUAAUUAAGUGUAACAAUAUCAAUUGAUUUUUUUUUUCUUCUAAGAGAUACCUCACUUAAAGGAAAGCACAGCUGUACUGUAUUUAAACGAAUUCUAGGAAAUAAUAAAAAGUUGGUCUGAAAUAUUUCGUUGCCGUCACGUUGCUUUCUGUGAUUGACAGAAUGUUUUUUGUGUUUUCAUCCUCACUCUCUGAAGUAUUUAUUGCUGUUGACAUGCCAGUAUAAUUCUCUCAAAUGACAGAAAGUAGCUGCAAAACAGCUGAGUCCAUGUUAGCUCAAGGCAACAGGUUGAGUGACAAUUCUGAAACCAUAGAAAAGCCUGUGAAAAAUGAUCAGUGCAUUCAACAAUUUUUAAUAUUUGCCAAUGAUGUACAGUCUUAUUGUCAGCGUUGCUGUGGUUGCAUCACAUGACACACAAAACUGUCCUCUACCUCACGUGAGAUUGAACAGAUAUUUUAUAUGGUUUUAGUAGACAAGAUGCAUCUAUCUGGUCACUUAGUUUACAAAUUUUGAAUUAUAUUUAUUGAAACAUGACAUACUGUGCUCUUAGCUUAUACCUCAAUUGUAUUUUGUGCUGUUAUCCAUUUCCAUGCCUUGUAAAUACCUGUAUAGAUCGUGGACUCAAAAACAAAUAAAUAACUGUAAUGUCAGAA